CGACUAGAAAUGUCAAUCUGAGCAAGGGAGUCCCAAUAAUCUAAAGCAAUCUGUAAGGACCUGACCUUAGUCCAUCCAGAUCAAUAGGGAAGUGAGGGUGGAAAGGAGAAGAAGAGGAAGAAAUAAGGGGCGCAACCGGAUCGUUUACACUGGCUGUUCCCGAGGAAAUAUAGACUUCCCUUGCUUGCACCUUUUGUUGCUCACAUGCUCACACUGUAAAAGUGGAUAUCGAGGCAAUUCCCUUGCUUUGUGAGACUGCAGCAGACUUUUUCCCCCUUUUCCUACCGCCAUGUCUUUCCCUCAGCUGGGAUAUCAGUACAUCCGACCGAUAUACCCGCCGGAGCGCCAGGGGAUCGCCAGCAAUGCCCGAGCCGGGACAGAGCUCAGUCCGUCCGGCGCACUUUCCAACGUCCUCUCCACUAUGUAUGGAUCUCCUUUCGCCGCAGCAGCGCAGGGCUAUGGAGCGUUUCUCCCCUACUCUAACGAUAUAUCAAUUUUCAAUCAAUUGGGUGCUCAGUAUGAACUGAAAGACAGUCCCGGUGUCCAGCACCCAGGGUUUGCCCACCAUCACCCUGCUUUUUACCCAUAUGGCCAAUAUCAGUUCGGUGACCCGUCCAGACCCAAAAACGCCACCAGGGAGAGCACCAGCACCCUGAAGGCCUGGCUCAGCGAGCACCGCAAGAACCCCUACCCAACCAAGGGCGAGAAGAUCAUGCUGGCCAUCAUCACCAAAAUGACGCUCACCCAGGUGUCCACCUGGUUCGCCAACGCCAGGAGGAGGCUAAAGAAGGAGAACAAGAUGACCUGGGCCCCUCGGAACCGCACCGACGAAGAGGGGAAUGUUUACACCAGCGAUCACGAGGGGGAGGAGGGGGACAAGAGGGAGGACGAGGAGGAGAUCGACUUGGAGAACAUCGACACGGAAAAUAUUGAGAACAAGGACGACUUGGACGACCAGGACGACCUGCAUUCAGAUAUUAAACUCGACGGGAGGAGUGACUCUGAGAUUUCUGACGGCUAUGAGGAUUUACAAGGGCCCGACCAGAGGUUUCUAAAGGCUGUGGGGAAGGAGGGCAAAGAGAGAGCAGAGCACUUCCACAGUCACCACCACCACCACCACCACCACCACUCUCCUUUGGACAUCAAAGCGUCCCAGCCAAACGGGGAGCAGCUCAAACUGAACCCGGUGUCCGUGAGCUCGCCGCCCUCAGAGAACAACCCUGCCCCAGCCCAGAAGCCAAAGAUCUGGUCUUUGGCAGAGACAGCCACGGCCCCUGACAAUCCGCGCAAAUCGCCGCAAAUGAACGGCAGCAACUCGGCAGGGCCCGCCGCCCAGACCAUAAUCGCUCCUCACAGACUCAUCUCUUCGUGUCCCGUUGGGAAAAUCCAGAACUGGACGAACCGAGCCUUUUCGGCGCACCAGCUGGCUUUACUGAACUCUAAUCAUUAUCUGGGACUGGCGAACCAGGCCACCGCCACCGGCCUGGCCCUCUACAGCAGCAGGCAAACGGAGGACAAGAGUCAUAGUUCAGAGACUCCAGUCACAGGUACAUGUCCCCGACACUGAGACGCGCAUGUAUAAAUAACUACAAAAACAACAACAAAAAAACAAAAAAAAAAAAAAACAAAGACACUAGUCCAUUGCCCGUCAUUCAUUUCUUUUAUUUUAGAGCCUCCUUUUGCCUUCUCUGCCUGUUCAUGGAUUUGUUUUUCUCUCUCUCUCUCUCUUGAGGCCACACAGAUGAACAGUGUUACCAUGUUAUAGCUGACAGGAUCCAGUGUGUGUGAUGUGUGUGUGUGUGUGCUUUGGAAAAAAAAAAAAAAAAGUCCAGGAGGAUUCUAAAAAAAAAAAUCCCAUUAGAGAGCUUUAAAAAAAUAAAUCAAAUGUUAAAUUGGGUGAAAACAGUUCCUAAAUUCCCUCCUGUUCCAUCCAUAUUAUAUUAAGGUCCAUAUGUUUGCAUUUAAUGGUUUACAUGAAGCCCUAAAAAAAGCUCCCAAAACUAAAUUCACUGAAACCCCAGGAUGAGCUCUGAUCAUUGGGAAGUUCAAUUAACGCAUUUUAAUUUUCUUUGCCGCAGUUUCUGAGAGAUCUAGUGCCUUGGAUGCAGAGAAGAAAGAAAAGAGAAAAAAAAAGUUGUUAAAAAACAGCCACUUCAAAGACAGUGAGGCUGUCAGUUAAUGACAUUUGGGAAUUUUUUCAUUUUGAUGCCAUAUCACAUUUUCUUUUUUUUUUUU